AACCACCACUCACCACCAACAUGGCGACGACGACGGCGGCGGCGAUGGUGGUGGCAAUGUCGGUGCUGCUGCUGGGUGGCGGCGAGGCGGCGGCGCCGCGGAAGCCGGUGGACGUGGCGUUCGAGAAGAACUACGUGCCGACGUGGGCGGAGGACCACAUCCACUACGUGGACGGCGGGCGCGAGGUGCAGCUCUACCUCGACAAGUCCACCGGCACCGGCUUCCAGACCCGGGGCUCCUACCUCUUCGGCCACUUCAGCAUGCACAUCAAGCUCGUCGCCGGCGACUCCGCCGGCACCGUCACCGCCUUCUACCUGUCGUCGCAGAACUCGGAGCACGACGAGAUCGACUUCGAGUUCCUGGGGAACAGGACGGGGGAGCCGUACAUCCUGCAGACGAACGUCUUCUCCGGCGGGAAGGGGGACCGGGAGCAGAGGAUCUACCUCUGGUUCGACCCCACCAAGGACUACCACUCCUACUCCGUCCUCUGGAACCUCUACAUGAUCGCGUUCUUCGUGGACGACACGCCGAUCAGGGUGUUCAAGAACAGCAAGGACCUGGGCGUGCGGUACCCGUUCAACCAGCCGAUGAAGCUCUACUCCAGCCUGUGGAACGCCGACGACUGGGCCACCCGCGGCGGGCGGGAGAAGACCGACUGGUCGCGGGCGCCGUUCGUCGCCUCCUACCGGGGCUUCCACGUCGAUGGCUGCGAGGCGUCGGCGGAGGCCCGGUACUGCGCCACCCAGGGCGCCCGGUGGUGGGACCAGCCGGAGUUCCGCGACCUCGACGCCGACCAGUACCGCCGCCUCGCCUGGGUCCGCAAGACGCACACCAUCUACAACUACUGCGACGACCGCGAACGCUACCCCGCCAUGUCGCCCGAGUGCCACCGCGACCGCGACGCCUGAGAUCUCAUCGAGAUCUGUGAUCGAUGCUUGCUGGCCGUCCGAUGGAUGGAUGGAUGGAUGGGGAUGAGUACGUGUACGGCUACGAUUAAUCAUGAUUUGAGUGCGUGCAGUUAAUUAAUUAAUGGGUAACGUUUUGGGGGUAAUUUGGGCUUGAAUUGAUUGUAUGUAUGCAUGUAUGUAUCGUCGUCGUGCCAGGUGUGCUGAAUUGGGCGCGUGAUAUAUGUAUUGCCAAAUUAUUUUGGUGGUUUCGCUUGUACUAUAUAUAUACGCGCGCUGUGAUCGAUUUCGAUCGGUCAGAGUUAAUUAAUGAAUUAAUUUGGGUUUUGGUA